AUGCCAAGACUAAGACAAGUGCAAACACUGCAAACAUUCAACACGGUGAAAAUCACAAGUCCAACACCAACGCCGAGACACCAGCGCCAAGACAAAAAAAGCGCAAACAGUGCAAACAUCAGGACCACGAAAAUCGCAAAGUCCACAAGCCCAGCCAAGACCGCGAAAAGUGCAAACACUGCAAACAUCCAGACCACGAAAAUCACCAAGUCCCCCAAAACCGCCACCACUCACACCGCCAACGCUGCCAACACCGCAGAACGGGCCUCUGGCCGCAAGAGGGCGUCAAUACCACGUCACCGACACCGCACGGAGCAAAGAGGACAAGGAAACUACGCCCAACACCGCACGGCAAACCGGAUCAGCGCAGUGCAAAGGCCACAGCGCCGCCGCCGCAAAACAGGAGACUUCGCCGCAAACCAGGUCUCCUUGGGCGACAGCGAGGUCACGGCGCACUGA